UCCGAUUCGACUUUGCUCAGCCCUACUUCUCCCCUAAGAUUAGUGACGAUUAGGGUUUAUCGAGGGUUUUUGUGAGUUUACCAAAGACCUCUCUUUUCGGUUUCUACAUUUGCAGUAUCAAUCAAUGGCGCGGUUCCAAGGCCUCCGCCUCGCCCGCCGCUCCCUCUCCUGCAUUCUUCUCCGCUACUCGCCUUCAUAUUUGUGUGAUUCGCUAUUGAAUGACGCAUGCAGGAGUUUCAGCACCUCGCUGUCCAGUCAAUCCCGGGUUAUUUCAAAUGCCAAAUUAGGAAAUGUGGGCAGCGAGAAUUAUUGGCUGAAGCUACGAUUUUCCAAUAAUAACUUGGGUGCAGCGAGGUCAAUUCACAGCACUGCUCAAUUAUCUAGAGAUUAUUACGAUUUACUCGGUGUUAGUAAAUGUGCAACUGCUCCAGAAAUCAAGAAAGCUUAUUAUGGGCUCGCAAAGAAGUUACAUCCAGAUACAAAUAAGGAUGAUCCAGAAGCUGAAAAGAAAUUUCAAGAAAUUCAGAAAGCAUAUGAGGUCUUGAAAGAUGAAGUGAAGCGGCAGCAAUAUGACCAGCUUGGGCAUGAAGCUUUUGAACACGCUGGUAGUGGUGAAGGUCCUGGGUUUGAUCCAUUUGGAGAUGCUUUCCAGGACAUAUUUAAAAAUGCUGAUAUUUUCAACAUCUUCAAUAGGGACAUGGGUGGCGAGGAUGUGAAGGCUUCUCUUGAACUUUCCUUUAUGGAAGCCAUCCAGGGUUGCACCAAAACAAUGUCAAUCGUGAUGGAUUUGGCUUGCAAUACUUGUGGUGGAACUGGUGUUCCUCCAGGGACCAGGCCUCAAACUUGUAAACGUUGUAGAGGUUCCGGCAUGGUUGUAUCCCAAGCUGCUCAUAUGACACUACAAUCUACUUGUCCGAACUGUGGAGGAACUGGAAAAAUUGUAUCGAACUUAUGCAAGUCUUGCAAGGGUAGGCGGGUAGUCAGAGGCACAAAAGCUGUGAAGUUCAAUGUCAUGGCAGGGGUGGACCAUGAUGAGACUAUUAAGAUACCGAGAAGCGGGGGAGUGGAUCCCGACGGAAAUAAGCCUGGUGAUCUUUAUGUUAAGAUAAAGGUCAGAGAAGACCCCGUAUUCCGUAGAGAAGGGGCUGAUAUCCAUGUUGAUGCAAUAUUGAGCUUCACUCAGGCAAUUUUGGGAGGAACAAUUCGGGUGCCAACUCUAACUGGAGACCUUGUUGUUAAGGUACGCCCUGGCACACAACCUGGACAGAAGGUUGUUUUGAGGAAAAAAGGGAUCAAAGUAAGAAACUCGUUUUCUCUUGGAGAUGAAUAUGUCCACUUCAAAGUUAGCAUUCCAACAAACUUGACCCAGAGGCAACGUGAAUUGGUGGAGGAGCUUGCUAAGGAAGAGCGAGGGAAAGAUGUUAUAGAAAUGGAAGAUGAUAAAGAAGAGGCAGCAGUUGCAAGUGCUUGAGUUCUAUCUUGUAUUUGUAGCAAACAAAAAAGAGAAGAAACUACAGAGCCUCUUCAGUUCUGGAGGUGAUUUUUUAUUAUUUUUUUUAAUUGAAAAUCUUAAUUAUAUCUAAGGUAACAAUCUUUCUUCAAUAUCAGUAUUUUCUGGUUUGGAUUAACUCAGCCAUUUUGUAAAUAUUCAUUACAAUAUUCAUUACUUUGCAGGGAGAAUUUUGUAUGUAUAGUCUUGUUCACUAUAGUCUUUAGAGGCUGAUGUAACCUCCUAAAAUCCAUUCAGUCAAUUUCCAGUGUCUCGAUAAAUGACAUUAUGACUUUGGACUUUCAGGAUAUGUCAAUAUAUUAUGGUUGAAUACUUGAAUAAUAUGUGAUUGUUUUGUGUGA